UCUAGGAAGCAAAUAAAAGACAUGAUUUAGUGAGUUUCUAUCAGGCUUUGCAGUUCCUCUUACAACUCACACUAUAUUUGCGUGUUUAUUCUGUUGUCUACCAUAACUGCCAAACUGUUUGUGUACUGAAGGGAGAAGUACGAUAACGCCUGCCAGGAUGAGACUCUUGAGAGAAAAAGAGCCCAUAAUUCUACUAUUUGUAUUUAUGGUUCACGGUUUUGAAUACUCCAAGACGAAAUGUAACAACUGUGAUGAGCAACUUUUUUGCAACUGUUCCUUCAAACAUCUACAACACGUCCCAGAUGUUCCAUUGAAUGCUCGGGGUCUCGACCUGUCUUUCAAUCAAAUCGAGUCGAUCCGCAUGACAGACCUCAGGCUAUAUACCGAGCUAAAAACCCUCAACUUACACAAGAACAAGCUCACGUUUAUUCACAAGGAGGCAUUCAAGUCUCAAGCGAAGUUAGAAGUCCUCGAUCUGUCUUUAAACAAGCUGGAAAAUCUAUCUUCAUGUUGGUUCCAAGAGCUAAAAUCUCUUCAACAACUAAACCUUUUAGGAAACCCAUACACCACUCUGGGACCUUCCCCUCUCUUUCGGUUUCUGGUAAACCUGAGGACAUUGCAAAUUGGAAGUCAUUCACUGAAGGAGGUAUACAAGAAUGGCUUGGAUGAGCUCGCUCAUCUAGAUGAGAUGACAGUCGUUGGCAGUAGCCUGAAGUCAUAUGAGAACGGAAGCUUCCAAGCGGCCCGACCCAUCGGUUUAGUCUCCUUGAGCCUUCAAAGUCUAUUCGAGAAGGACCCAGAACUUGUCUCUAAAAUCCUUCAAGACGUCUCUCAUUCUGAAACUGUGCUGAUUAUUAGAGAUAGCAUUAUUCGAUCCAAUACUUCGACGGAACCCUUCAAAGCAUCGAAAGAAGGGGGGAUUAGAAGUCUGACGUUUUUAAACACCACCACGACAGAUGAAGCCAUCACCACUUUAUUGUUGAAUUUGGACGGCUCCCCUCUGUCUUACAUUGGUCUUGAAGAUGUACAUCUUGUUGGUCAAGGGUGGUGGCAGAAAGCUGAGUUCACGCAUUAUGAAAACUUGCAUACGGUCUACAUACGUAAUCUUGACAUACAAGGGUUUAUUAAAUUUAGCAGCAUGAUUCAAUUGGCAUUUCUUCUCAAGAAUUUUCACAAGGUCUCUGUAAUAAACAGCAUGCUUUUUGUGAUUCCUCGACAAACUACUUUCUUCUUGCUGCAUAUCGAAUAUCUUGACUUUAGCCAAAAUCUUCUGACAGAUUUGACAAUUCAGGAGACCUUGUUUACUGGAUUUGGUCAACUUCAAAACCUCAACACACUCAACGUGAGCCAAAACUCUUUAAAAUCUUUCGAGGUGUUGUCCAGUCUCGCGGCUAAUCUUAAGAAACUUAUUCAUUUAGAUGUAAGUCACAAUCGUUUCGUUUCCAUGCCAGAGAAAUGCCAUUGGCCAGUGACUCUCAGGUUUUUAAACCUUUCGAAUACAAAGCUUCUUCGGUUGACCCCUUGCCUGCCUUCGAGCUUAACUGUACUGGAUCUGAGUGAAAAUGAUCUUAAAUCGUUCCACCAAAGGUUACCUAAACUCACCACGCUUAUACUGACGGGCAACAGAUUUUUGAAUCUACCACAGGGGGGAUUAUUUCCAAAUUUAGGGACGUUGCUCAUUCAAAGGAAUGCCUUGAGGAUGUUUACCCGGAAGGAUUUGAGUAGGUUCAAAAACUUGCGAUUCUUAGAGGCGGGCACAAACAACUUUUUGUGCUCCUGCGAGUUUGUGUCUUUCUUCAGAAAUCACGUUGACGAUCUUGUCACUCUAAGGGACGGUCGUCGUAACUAUGCGUGCGACACCCCGUUCUCUCUCAGGGGUGAUGCUAUUGACAGUGUAAGAUUGUCAGUGUUCGAAUGUUAUAUGAUUCCGGCUGUUUCGACCCUUUGUGCUGCGAUUAUUUUGGUCCUUAUAGGUAUGGUUGUCACCUGUCAUAAACUUCACAUCAUCUGGUACCUGCAGAUGACUAAAGCAUGGAUACAAGCGAAACGAAAGCCAGCCGUUAGCCGGUCCCCUGACGAACUUCGCUAUGAUGCUUUUGUGUCGUACAGUCAACAUGAUGCUGAGUGGGUCGAGGAGAUCCUAGUUCCAAAUCUAGAGAACGCUCAGCCACCUGUUGCUCUAUGUCUGCACCAACGGGACUUCCGGCCGGGUCGUUGGAUCGUGGAUAACAUCAUUGACUCGAUUGAGAAGAGCCAUCGGACUCUGUUUGUUCUGUCCGAGCACUUUGUGACCAGUGAAUGGUGCCGCUACGAACUGGACUUCUCACAUUUUCGCAUAGUUGACGAACACAACGAUUCUGCCGUCCUGAUACUGCUGGAGCCAAUCGAGAAAGAGACGAUACCCAAGCGUUUCUGCAAACUGAGGAAGAUUAUGAACUCAAGAACAUAUCUGGAGUGGCCUGAGGAUGAAGAUAAUAGAUCGGAGUUCUGGAGCAAUCUGAAAGCUGCGCUGAGUAGAGAGCAAUGUUAAAGUUUUGGUUUCGGGCUGGGUUUUAGAAACGCCAUAUUAUUCUUAAAGUGAUAGUUCAGGCAACAUCGAAAAUUCUGUCAUUAUUUACUCACCCUCGUGUCAUUUCAAACCUGUUUGAUUUUCUUUCUUCGCAAAGCAUAGAAGAAGAUAUUUUGUUGCAAAUGUUGUUAACUGGCACCCGUUCUUCUCAACUUGCAUUGGUUUUGUGUCCAUACAAUAGAACUGAAUGGGUGCAGUGCUGUUCGGUUACCAGCUUUCUUCGAAAUAUCUUCUUUAGUGUUCUUUGGAAGAAAGAAAGUCAUACAGGUUUGAAAUGACAAGAGGGUGAAUAAAUGAUAACAGAAUUCUCAUUUUUGGGUGAACUAACACUUUAACGUUCGAAAGAGAAUGAUAAAAAGUGACAUUUUACAUUUUUACAUUACAUUUUGAGUGUUUACUGUGUAAAUUAGGCUAUGUGAUUUUUUUAACCCCUAGUAUUCUGUGACUAAUAUUUGGCAUACAUCUCUGUGUUUUGUGAUUAAGGUAUCAACAGCACAACAAAUAUUGACAUUCAGGUCGCGUGUUAUUGUCAGAUUGUGCGUGAUUGCAAGACCUAACAAUAGGCCAUUCUACUAUCAAGAAUAUUAGUAUUACUCAAUGUUUAAAAGCUUUUUUGAGUAAUAAAUGACAAGAAUUGUAUCAUAAUAUAGAACUAAACGUUAAAUAAAAUCAUGUAGGCUUUGUGGAACAAAAGCAUUAAACGAGUGUUUUAAUGAUUUUACACAUAUUUACUGCGUUUUAAAAACAAUAUGUGUUUAGAUAGUGACUGCUUUUGACUUGCAACACCGUGAGGGAGAACUUUUAAGGUGAACAAUAUUUUAUGCACUUGGCGCCAUCUAUUGGAUAUUUUAUAACUUCUUAAAUUGUAUUUUUCUUACCGUGAAACUAUUAGAAAUCCUUCUUUGUAAGUCUCAUUGGCUAAAAGCUGCUCAAUGCAUAAAUGCAAUUUUUUAAUUUCUGAUUUAUUGUGACUGAAUUUAUGAAUUGCCAUAUGCCAUUGGUGAAGGUACAGUUCGUACAGAACGUACAGUUUAUAUAUAAUCACAUCUGAGGGCUCUUAUGUUAAUUUGUUUCCUUAUUGUAUAAAUGUUUUUAAAGAUUUAAUGUACCCUUUGACUGCUGCAAAAUAUAUAAAUCAGACUACUCCAGUGAAUAUAUUUCAGUGUAUAGUUUUUUUCGAAAUUCAUUUUCUGUGAAGGCACAUUCACAUUCAAGUUUUGCACACAGUUAAACACAUGUCAU